GCAGACACUCGCAGUUCUACAGCGAAAGUGUUGCUAUACAAUUUAUAAAUUUUCCUUUUUCCUACGUCGACACAAACGUGAAAAGUCGCCAAGAUGUGUGAUGAUGAGGUUGCCGCAUUAGUCGUGGACAAUGGUUCCGGAAUGUGCAAAGCUGGCUUUGCCGGAGACGAUGCACCCCGUGCCGUCUUCCCCUCGAUUGUGGGUCGUCCACGGCAUCAGGGCGUGAUGGUGGGCAUGGGCCAGAAGGAUUCCUAUGUGGGCGACGAGGCGCAGUCCAAGAGAGGUAUCCUGACGCUGAAAUAUCCCAUUGAGCACGGCAUCAUUACCAACUGGGAUGACAUGGAGAAGAUCUGGCAUCACACUUUCUACAAUGAAUUGCGUGUCGCACCCGAGGAGCAUCCCGUCCUGCUCACCGAGGCCCCCCUGAAUCCCAAGGCCAAUCGCGAGAAGAUGACCCAAAUCAUGUUUGAGACAUUCAAUGCUCCGGCCAUGUAUGUGGCCAUCCAGGCGGUGCUCUCACUGUACGCCUCCGGUCGUACCACCGGUAUUGUGCUCGAUUCCGGUGAUGGUGUCUCCCACACGGUGCCCAUCUAUGAGGGUUAUGCCCUGCCCCAUGCCAUAUUGCGUCUGGAUUUGGCUGGUCGCGAUCUCACCGAUUACCUGAUGAAGAUCCUUACCGAGCGUGGUUACUCGUUCACCACCACGGCGGAGCGUGAAAUUGUGCGUGACAUCAAGGAGAAACUGUGCUAUGUCGCCCUGGACUUUGAGCAGGAAAUGGCCACCGCUGCUGCCUCCACAUCGCUGGAGAAAUCCUAUGAGCUGCCCGAUGGUCAGGUCAUCACCAUUGGCAAUGAGCGUUUCCGCUGUCCCGAAUCGCUGUUCCAGCCCUCGUUCCUGGGCAUGGAAUCGUGCGGCAUCCAUGAGACUGUCUACAAUUCGAUCAUGAAGUGCGAUGUGGAUAUCCGCAAGGAUCUCUAUGCCAACAUUGUCAUGUCCGGUGGCACCACCAUGUAUCCGGGUAUCGCCGAUCGCAUGCAGAAGGAGAUCACCGCCCUGGCGCCAUCCACCAUCAAGAUUAAGAUCAUUGCACCACCAGAGCGCAAAUAUUCCGUCUGGAUCGGUGGCUCCAUUUUGGCCUCCCUGUCCACCUUCCAGCAGAUGUGGAUCUCUAAGCAGGAAUACGAUGAAUCCGGCCCUGGCAUUGUUCAUCGCAAGUGCUUCUAAGCCAACACACACACACACACUUGCACACACACAUGCACACACACUUGCACACACGCACAACAACAUAAGCACAAUUUGAGCUUUAUGAGAUUAACAAUGAUUAAUUUUAAGUGAAAACCUCUUGCUGCCCUGCCUGUCAAUCAAUCAAUCAGUCAAUUAAUGCAUCAAUCAAACAAUGGAUCAAUCAGACAGCAACGAAAUGUAUUAUAUAUAUAUAUAUUAAUAUUUAUUGGAAGUGUCGCUAAUGACGAAAGGAGAACUUAAUAUGAGAUUUAAACUUAAACCAAACCAAAAAACAACAAAAAAAAAAAACGAGUCUAAAUUUUACAGUCUUACAAAUAAAUAGCAUCCAUUUUAAUUAAA